AUGGCGAGCACCGUUUCACCUGUUGCUUUGGAUGUCACUGAUACUCCUGCUUCCAUGUUAGUUAAGGAUGACGUGAAGCGAAACUUGGUUGAAGUCUAUGAUGUUGAUGAAGAUUCUCAGAUGUCUGCAACAAAGGUCCAUAAAUCUGGCGAGAAAAUGUCAGAAAUUCGAAAACAUACAUCCGCAUCAAGUUCCGACUUUUGUAACAUAAAUGUGAAUUCAACAAAUCCUUUGUCUGAUAUAUCUAACGGAAAUUGUCCAUCAUCAAGUUUCGGGAUUAAAGAAAUAACUUCUAUAAGUCCCUCUACUUUUACUAAUCCAGGAAACACUGCAUCUUCCAGUGGUAUUCUAACAAAUAUUACAAGCAAUUCAUCAUCAACUUCAAGUGUUGACAUCAUACCUUCGUCUCUAUCAAGAAUUUCACCAAACACUGUUCUCGCAUCAGACAACGUUUCAACAUUGACAAAAAUCUCAUCCGGAAAGCGAAAAUUAGUAAGAAGACGUAGAGACUUAACACCUAUACCUAUUAUUGAUUUGACAGCAGAUGAUGAUAACGAGGUUCCUGAAAUCAUAAAUCAACAUUUAAAAGGUGUUUCAAAAGACUUCUUGGAUAAUGGUGACCAGAUAAUCGUUUGUGGAUCAUGUAACGCAAAGAUAUGGAAAGCAGAGGCGGAUAGGGGUGAAAAAAAGCGAAAUAAAGUUAACUAUUCAAUUUGCUGUUCGUACGGUAAAGUUUUGUUACCUGAUUUAAAACAGCCUCUAGAUAUUUUGAUAGAUCUUUAUGUUGGCGCCAAUGCGAAGAGCAAUUUUUUUCAAAAAUACAUUCGCCGUUAUAAUUCUAUGUUCUCAUUUACAUCUAUGGGAGGAAGGAUAGACAAAAGUAUCAACCGUGGAAAUGCUCCUUAUAUCUUUCAAUUAAGUGGUCAAAAUUAUCAUAAUAUCGGUAGUCUGUUACCUGAUGAUGGAGAUGAGCCAAAAUUCAGCCAGUUGUAUAUAUACGACACAGAUAAUGAAAUAUUUAAUCGACAAAAUGUUGUUGGGGGCUCAAACACUUCUUUUUCGAUAACUGAGAAGGCUUUUGAUUUUCAGAUCAUUGAGGAACUUAAAGUUAUGUUAGACACUAACAAUGCUUUGGCUAAAAGUUAUAGACAAGCUAGAAAUUGUUUAAAUGAAAACCCUUACAUCGACUUGAAGCUUCGUUUUAUUAGUAAACGAGCCAAAUAUGGUAGAACAUAUAACCUUCCUGAAGCUUCUGAAGUUGCAACAUUAGUUAUUGGAGAUUUUACUCAAGCUGUUGAAAAUCGUGAUAUAGUUGUGAAAACCAAAUCUGGUCGGCUUGAGCGCAUAAGUGAAUUACAUCCUUCUUAUCUUUCUCUACAAUACCCUCUUCUAUUUCCAUAUGGAGAAGAUAUGUACAGGGUUGACAUUCUUCAUAGAGGUCUGAUGUAG